AUGAAACGUGGUCGUGAGGAGGAGAAAUCGCCUAGAAACGUUCAGGUUUCGACCACCAUAAAUUUUGUCCACGGCUUCUUGUUGUUUUGCGUCUCGGUUUUUGCUGAUACGGAUCCAGAUACGAACCGUUCUCCGGUAUCAACACCGCACUUCCCUCGGUACGCAAAACCUUGCGAAGAUGCAGUAAGCAAGCAGAUUGCGUAUGAACUUCAAGCCUUUCGCUUGUACAGGAGAAUUGCCUACUAUUUUGACCGUAGCGAUGUUGCUCUUCCUGGUUUCCACAAGUUCUUCAAAAGGGCGUCAGAUGAAGAGCUCGGACAUGCUGACAAACUGAUGGACUACCAGAACAAACGAGGAAGCAAGCUGCCCUACGAGAACACAUGUAGCAUCAUCAGUGCGAAACCAUCUCAGCAAUGGAACACGGUCACCGAGGCCAUGGAAUUAGCUCUGGAGGAAAAGAAGAAGAUCAACAAGGUUCUCCUAGAUCUUGUUCGGAAGGCUGAAGACAACAGCGACCCCCACCUAGCUGAUUUCAUUGUAUCUCAAUACCUCACCGAGCACGUAGACAGUAUAAAACAGAUGGCAGACUAUGUGACGAUACUGAAACGUGUCGGAAGUGGUCUCGGUGAGUAUAUGGUCGACAGACAACUGGAGAAUGAUACCAAGUGACCGUCUGAAAGACAAACUGUACGAGGAUUUUUCUGUCUUUACUAGUGUUGACUACCUAGUAGAGAUUGUAGUGUAAAGACGCGCAAUUUA